AUGCCCGACAUCAACCCCGCUGACCUAAGCCGGCCGGCCAUCAGUCUCUCAACUCCCAUUCUAUCAACAAAAUCCAUCACCGUCUCCGGCCCGGCGUUACAGAAAGCUCCCAAAACCUCCCAGAUCAUCCCCGCCCGAAUUGACCUCGAACCUAUCUAUACCGCUCUCAAGGCCGCCAUUGGCGCAGAGCAAUGGGCUGCUUACAAGGAGGCGACUACCCAGUUCUUUCUUGGCCGUCUUAAUCAAGCCGAGUUUUCAGAACGUAUUGAUCCCAUUAUCACAUCUCCGAAUGGCGAAAGAGAGCACUUGCACAACCAGCUUAUUUCGGCGAUAUAUGGCAAUGUUACCCGAGAGAUGCCCGAUCAGGGCUUGGCCCCCUGGGUCAGUGCCAACGACAAGCCCUCAAGUGGAACCGGCAGCAAGCCCAUAUCUGGGGAUGCCGCCGAGCGAAGGUUGAAGGGAGAUGUAAUGCAAUUGCCUAGCCGGGAUCGGAGGCGCAUCAAAGAUCUCGUUCAGAACGAUUUUGACCCAUACGAGUCGCUCGCCAAUGUCUUCUCAGAGCAUCACAAGGCGAAACCUGCUAGGGUCACGGCGGAUGUACCACCAAGCGCAGGUGGCCUAAACAGAAUGAGUAUGUAA